UCUGUUUCUCUGCCUCCCUUCUUCUUCUUCAUACUUUUUUGGCUUUUGGAGUGUUGUUAGAAUUUGUUCUUCUCUCUGGAAUUCUACAUUUUUGUGUGUGGUUGAUGAACGUCUCUCUUUACGAUUCACGAUUGCACGCAAAUAUUUACAUUUAAUUCGGUUAUCGGUGCAAAUUGUAGGGAAAAUGGCCCUAAUGAAUAUAUCUCUUUGAUUCUGUGUCCCAGGGCUAAUGUGACUGUUCUUUAGGAUUUUUAUUUUUUAUUUUUAAGGAGAAACGGGGGAAGAUAUAACCAGGUUGGGUUACACAAGCAUUUAUAUUCUCCGGAUUAAGGAGGAGCUGUGUCCUAAGGAUGUUCCUCUACGCAUCGACAUAUAUGACGAGGUUGGCAUCGGUGGAGGGGCAUCUGGAGUUGCUGGAGGGCUUCUUCAUCCUUAUUCUCCUAAAGAUGCGGAUAACGCUAACCCCUCGAAAUGAUGACAGUUAAACUUCUCUGGAAAGGUGCUGAGUGUUGGGCAGACUGCUUGAGGCUUUUGAGCGUUGCAGAGUCUACACUUCACUCCAAAGAGUUGGAUUCUGAGAUGGAUGGGUGUCAGAAUAUGCACGAAUUCGUUGUUCUAAGACGGGGCAUUUUGAGGCCUGCAAUAAGCUUGAAGAAUUUGACAGUGUUAAAAGAAAAUGCUCAAAAUGGGCUUGAUAGCUGCAGAAUAGAAACCAUUGAUGAAGAUGAUGCCAGAAAUCUUGUUCCUCAGCUUCAUGUUCCUCUAAAUACAGCUUUUUAUAUGCCUCAAGCUGUUAAUAUCAAUUCUCGACGUUAUCUUGAGGCGCUAUUUACAGCAUGUGAAAAUCUGACCAAGGAAUCAUCCACCUCAGGUCAUGGUCCAAAGGAGCUGUAUUUGCAGAAGGAUUCUAUUAACAAACUGCGUGAACUAGGAGGUGCAUACGACGCUGUGAUUGUUUGUCUAGGUGCCAAAAUGGUCAUGCUUCCUGAACUUUCUGGAAAACUUCCAUUGAGAACUUGCAGAGGUGUAGUUGCUCAUAUGCAGCUACCCGAUGAUAUCAGCAAUACAUAUCCAGAGCUUGGGCCUUCUAUACUGUCAGAUGCAUGGCUAGCCAUACAGGGUCCUCGGAGUUUAUACAUGGGUUCAACAUGGGAGUGGCAAUCAACAAAUUCAUCACCUGAAGUUUCAGAAGAUGAAGGCUUGAGAACGCUCGCAGAACUUUUACCAAAGGUGGCAGCCAUUUAUCCCUCCAUAAAGGAGUGGAGUUUCACAGGAGCAAGGGCUGGUCUAAGAGCAAUGCCACCACUUACUCCUCCUGGAUCUCUUCCUCUUAUGGGUUGUAUAGACGAGAUUGUAAGACAUAACAGCUCCUGCAAGUAUUGGUUAUUGGGAGGGCUUGGUUCAAGGGGAUUGUUGUACCAUGGUUGGCUUGGAAAGUUAACAGCGCAGGCUGUGCUUUCAUGUAAUGAAAAACUAAUUCCAUCUGAAUUAACCUCUUGGAAGAAAAUGAUGAAUAGUUAAUUCAUUCUCUA